UUGAGCUUUGCCUCGAGCUCUUAGCUGCAGCUGAUUACCUGGGCCUGGACCAGUACGCACCCCGACCACCCUUCCCGGGCGGGAUGCAUUGAUACUAAUUUCGGCCAGGGCGAACAUGAGCAUGAAGUGACAUGACCAAAACAUUGGCUUUGUCUGUCACGUGUGCAUCUUCUGCUAUUUUAUCUGCAUUCAUCAAUACCUGCAUGCGCCAUUGUCGGGACGCAGCGAGCAUAUGGGAGUAUUGGAGUUGGGACGGUAAGGCUACUUGUUUGAUUUCGAUGUCCGUCUUCCUGGCUAGACAAAGUGUGCAAUCGAAGGAUGAUUGCCGCCGUUCACGAAUAAUGACGAUCACAUCACCACAAGCCACGAUGAUGGCCUCUGACCCAACCACGACCUGGGACUCUCGUGAUGUUUAUAUGGCGAUUGAUGAGCUAUCUCCGCUCAAUACUGCUUUCUUUGAAACACCAUUUCAGCAUAUGCGUUCCUCCCUUCUACUCCUCCAUGGGUUGAACGUCUAUUAGACUUGGAAGAUCGAUGUAUCCCUCUCACUCUGCGUGGCUCAGUUGACGCAUUGAGACUUCGCUUUUUCUGCAGGGCAACAAACCGUAUACUAU